AUGGCCUGGCUUGGUGCUUCAUUGCCUACUGGCGAGUCGCGCCUCUACAUUCUUUGCAUAUUUUUCGGCAUUGGCGCGUCCGUCUGGGGAUACAAUAUUGGCAUACUGUCUUCAGUCAUAGUCAGUUCCGGCUGGCGCGAUGCACUGCAACAGCCAACCCGCGCUAUGAUCGGAACUGUAGUCAGCAUCUACUACACCGGAACCUUCAUCAGUUACCUCUGCAUUUCUCAUCCGAUCACCGACUGGCUCGGUCGCCGUUAUGCUGCCUUGUCGGGAACGGCUUUCGUUUGCCUCGGCGCCAUACUGCAAGCCACAAGUGGUGGCAGUACAGCUCGCGGCACCAUGCUAGCCGGAAGACUCAUAAGCGGCGUUGGAGUAGCCGUCGUGUCUACUUCGGUACCGCUGUACCAAGCUGAGAUUUCGCCGGCACAUAAGCGCGGCCAUUUUGUAACGCUGAAUCACGUCGGUUUCAUCGCUGGCAUAGCGCUAGGUUUCUGGGUUGGCUACUUCAUGAGAUUUUGGUCCUCCGAUGCAGGCCUUUUCUAUGGAUGGAGGUUGACCAUUCUUUUGGAGAUAAUCCCCGCAAUGAGCUUUGGGAUCGGGCUGCCCUGGGUCCCGGAAACGCCCCGUUGGCUCGUUGAACAUGGCAGGAAAGAUCAGGCACGUUCGACACUUCGCUGGCUUCGCGAGCGUAGCUUUGAUGAUGACGAGAUCGAGCACGAAUUCUCCGCCAUCAUUAAGAGCGUCGACGAGUAUCAUCAAUCCGGCAGUAACUGGCUUUCUUUGUUCCGACAAAAGCCAUUGUUUAAUCGUCUUUGGCGUGCCACUCUGCUUCAAUUCAUGUCUUCAAGUUGUGGUGCUACUGCCAUCAAAUACUUUCUCCCAUGGCUGUUGGAGCAACAUGGCAUAUUCUCCCAUACCGCGUUGCUAAUUAGCGCUACUGAGUCAACGGUUAAAAUAGGCUUCACUGUUCUCGAGAUGUUCAUCAUUGAUCGAUUCGGACGCAGAAAAUGCCUCGUCGCUGGUUGUAUCAUUAUGGCUUUCUCACUCCUGAUCAACGGGGCGGUGCCUCUUUUAGACCCUCAGCGUAAAAGCCCAGCUACCGAUAUAAUCUGCGUGACCUUCAUCUUUGUAUACGUCAUUGGCUUCUCUUUGGGAUUUGGGCCGACUGCAUGGGUCUACAACACAGAGAUCUUUCCCACCUCGGUGCGAGCCCGAGGCUUGAACUUCGCCUCCGCUGGCGCCUCUGUCGGUUCUUCUAUCGUUACCAUGGUGUGGUCUGCCGGUAUCGGGUAUAUGGGUAGCAACAUCUACUUCAUAUUCAUGGUCGUAAACAUCAUCUGCAUUCCGGCCAUAUAUGUAUUCUUUCCUGAAACCAAGGGCCGGGAGUUAGAGGACAUGGACGCGCUCUUUGGCGCCAUUGAAACACGACGGAGUGAUGUCGAUAACCUUUCUGAACAUCUCCUGCAAGAUGAUGCUCCUUUGCGGGAUUCUUCAGAAACGGUAGCCGGUGCGAACAGAUAG